UAACAACGUGACAACAUAACCGCAAAAAAGUGUCAUUUUUUUGCGAAAAUGGGCAAACGUAGAAGGGGCCGUUGUGUGAAAAAUAACACGAAUGUGAAUACAGAAGCGGCGGAAGUGGUGCAGGCCCCCCAUUCGUUUGUCAUUCAUAAGGGACUCCCGGGUGGCCAUUUGUUAGAACUUACGAAAGAUUUUCGUAAAGUUAUGGAACCCUUCACUGCUACUUCUCUUAAGGAGCGUAAGAAAAACACGGUCAAGGAUUUUGUUGCCGUUGCCGGUUUGUUGCAUGUUUCACAUUUAAUGAUUUUUUCGCGAACGGAAAUUGGAAUGUAUUUGAAAAUAUGUCGAUUGCCGCGAGGGCCCACAAUGACAUUCAAAAUUCAUAAUUUUUCUCUAGCCAGAGAUGUUGUUUCAUCGCUUAAAAAACAAGCAGUGGUUGAGGCUGCGUUUAAACAUUCGCCUUUGAUUGUUUUGAAUAGUUUCACGAGUGAAGGAAUGCAUCUGAAACUGAUGGCUUCAAUGUUUCAAAAUAUGUUUCCUACAAUAAAUCUAACAAACGUUGAUUUAAACAAUGUGAGACGUUGUGUAUUGUUAAAUUAUAAUCCUACCACAAAACUAAUUGACUUUAGACAUUACACAAUCAAAGUCAUUCCUGUCGGAAUUUCAAAAGGUGUGAAAAAGGUGGUUCAAGGCAAAGUGCCCAAUCUUAGUAAAUGUGGAGAUAUUUCCGAAUUUCUAACAAAAUCCGGCAUGUUGUCAGAAAGUGAAUUUGAGGAUGAUCCUAGUAAUCACGUAACUUUAUCACAGAAGCUGAUUUCAAGAGGAAAUAUUGAAUCUGGGAAAUCAUCAAUUAAAUUAACAGAGUUAGGGCCAAGACUAACUUUACAAUUAAUUAAAAUUGAAGAUGGCCUACUUGAUGGCGAAGUUUUAUACCACGACUUAAUUGAAAAAACUGAACAAGAGAAAUUAGAAAUACAAAAGAAACGUGAAGCUAAAAGAAAAUUGAAAGAAAAGAGGAAAAUGAUACAAGAGAAAAAUAAAGAAAAGAAGGAAGAUAUGAAAAAAGAAUUGAAAGAAAAGUCAUUAGAAGGCAUGAAAAAGAAAGAGUCGAAUGAAGGGGGUGCUACUGUUGAAGAUGAUAAUGAUGCUGAAUACUACAAAGAAGAAGUCGGGGAAGAACCUGAUAAAGAUUUGUUCACGCAAUCUCAAAGAAAAUCCUCAAGGCCGGUUCAUGCCUUCAGAAAGAGGAAAGCAAAUGAAAAAACAGAUAAUUCUGGAACAAAGAAAAUUAAAAGGAAUGUCAAAAAAGGCACACGUAAUUUACAAAAUCGUGAUCAGCGACCCAUCGGCGGCCAAGCUUUUGCCAAAGGGAAGUUGUAUGAGAAAUACCCGUUAUACACUUCUCCAGCGAUGUCGUAUUGGAAUUUCCAAAUAGAGAAGUUUCAAAGAGGGAACGCAUCUUUCCCCGGCCUUACGACGUCUGCUGACCUGAAGAAUCCCUUUAAGCGAUAUUCUAGAUUUACGAAACCUAUAUCUGAAGUUCUGGAUGAGUGACUUGAAUUUAUUUUCAACUCUGGUUUUGGGUGUUUGUAAAAAUUUACAAUAAAGUGGUAAACAAUCA